GAAAAAGAAAGGGCAGUGUUAGUAAAUAUGGGAUUUAAUUUUUAUUUCUUUCCUACUUUGUCAUUUAAAAUCUCUGCAAGCACGCAAAGCCCCUACUACCUUCCAGCGGCACUUCUAUGAGCAAAGGACACCAGAUUCAGGAGCUGGGUAUGCUUUUAAUACAGUGUCAUCCUCAGACUCAGUGCUAUACUUGGAUAUGGCUUAACUCUGCAUUGCUGGACUGUUCCAUGACUCAGUUUCCCCCAGAAGAUGCUGCCUGUCUGGGUGUGCUUUGCUCUGCUCUGCACAAGUCCCUUUUUGAACCCUGUUCCUAAAGUUGAGAUGAAGCAGCUAAAGAAGCCUAACAAAACUCCUUUCCUCACUGAGAGUCACUGAUGGAGAACACCAUGUAAAAGCAGGGCUUUGUUCCUGCUCAUGCACCAGGGAUUCAUCUGCUGACACUGACAACAAAAAAAGACAGUGUUUAUUUCAAUUCAUUUUUUAAUAGCUCUUUUUGCCUCUUUUGACUAUGAUAUUAAUCUCUUAGAUUUUAAUUUGUCAGAAAGAGACAUGUUAGCAUGCAGAAGAUACUAGUUUUGGCAGUUCAGGUGUUGCAAUUUUCUUUCUGCUUCCCAUUUUACAUGUGCCUUUUUCUGAUUUUUUUUCCCUCCCCAUUUUGCCCCCGCUCCUCUCUGGAGAAAGAUGUCUAGCAAGUCUGAAGGCACAGAUUUUAUUCCCUGCUGAGUGACCACAUUUCAUGGUGGAGAUGCACAGAGGGGAUGCAGCAAGGCUGUCCCACGGGGGACACUGGGCUUUUCAUCCUCUGGGGUUAUGCGAAGGUAGACAGCAUCUCCGUGUCAGAUGGGGAGGGGUUGGAGGUUACUGUCUGUACGAGUGAUGAGUGAUGGGGCCUCGUACCCUACCAGACGUGGACACGGGCCCUGUGUGGCGAUGCAGCUCCUGUGCUUGGGCCGCAUGCAGGUCUGGUUUGGGGAUCAGAGGCCUAGGGUGCCAUGCUUGGAGGGAGGAAUGGUCUGCUGGCAUGGUCACGAGCCCUGCCACACACACAGUGAAUGGGCUCUGGCCCAUGUGAGUGCAAGCAUAGCUGGGUGUCUGCUCUGGGAUGCUCUCCUGUGACAGGCAGAAGAUGUGAGAUUCGAUGUCUUGUUAAGUGAAAUAUUUUGUAGGGUGGAAAAUGUUGGAUAUAAAUGCAUGCUAUUUAUCUACCAAAAUUUGUUUUCUUUCCUAAAUGGAACUGAAAAGGUUAAUGUUCUAGGAGUAGGCGAGUAGUUAAUGGUUUAUCCAUCACAAGGUUAUGGAUAUAUAAUAUCAUUUUAUAGCAGGGCAGACAGUCCACACCACAACAUGCCUUCAUGCCACUGGGACAGAAUAUUGAUUGCAAUUGCCUGCUGUGUGGUGACUCUGACCCUCUGGUCCCUUUGUGCUUGGCAGCUUAUCAUCAAGUUUCACACAGAAAUUACAGAAACCGUGGUACCUCCUUGCUUCUGCCGCAACGGGGGAAUCUGCCAGGAUGGAUCCUGCGUGUGCCCUGACGAGUGGAUAGGACUCCUUUGUGAUAUAGCUAAUUUCUGUGAGGCCAGUACUUACACAUACAACAAUUCUGAAGGCAAUAUAAAAAAUCUUACUUUUGAAAGGAUUAUAGUGGGUAAAUAUGGCAGCUCCAAAGAAAAAUGUGAACCUCACACUGCGAAUGGUAACUCUUCAAUUGCGAUUCGGUUGUGCUCCAGAAACGGAAUAAUUCUUACUUUAGAGCAACCCAGUGUGCAGAAUUGUAAUGAAAAUCUGGACUCCCUAGCAUCACAGGUGGAAACUGCAGACUCCAACGCUGUUUUAGAAAUUGCAAAGACCACUCAAAUCCUUACCGCUGUGCCUGACCAACUGACCACACAGAACAUCUCUGCUGCUGUGAAUAUCUCGGUGCAGAUUCUGAAAAAGCCAAACAUUUCAGAUGACCCUCAAGCAUCUGAAACAGUAGUGACUACAGUGAGUCAGCUCUUGGAUGCCAAGGAAACAGAAUUCAGCAAUGAUCUUGUCAAUGUUACAUCAAGCCUCACAAGAGCGAUUGAAGAAUUUUCUUUGAUGAGCAACAUCACUCAGACCAACAUUGCAGUCCAGUCUGUCCCACUGAUGUUGAACUCCUCUGCGAUUCUGUUUUUGGCACAGAGAGAUGAAACACCGGGAAAUGUUCAGACAACAAAACUAGAAAUACAGGAAGAUGCCACUGGGCUUAGUGAUGAACUCGGUACUGAAGUUCAGAUCCUGCUCAAUAUUACAAGUAACAGUUCAUCAAAUAAUAGAAGAGCUGGCUUUGUCCUUUAUCAAAACGACAAACUCUUCCAGUCACAGACUGAUGCAAGGCUCAAUAAUUUUUCUAAACAAGUUGUCUCUGGCAAUAUUGAUGGCGGAACAGCCAAUGGUGUUGAAAUAGCCUUCAAUCCCAAGUACAACACAUCCAAAUUUCAGCUGCAUGAUUAUGCAUGCGUCUUUUGGGACUAUGCUGUGAAUGACUGGAACACCGUAGGCUGUACAAAAGAAAGAGGCCAAUUCUUGAGAUGCAAGUGCAACCACACUACUCAUUUUGCUGUCCUGAUGGCCUUUCGGAUCAAUUAUAAAUAUGCAAAGCCUUUGGAGUAUAUCUCAUACGUUGGUGUUGGAUUGUCCAUUGCUGGUCUGGUCAUUACCAUUUUAUUUCAAAUAUUCACUAGGAAAACUCGGAAGUCAUCUGUAACGUGGAUGUUAGUGAGUCUCUGUUCCUCAAUGCUAACUUUUAACAUCAUCUUCAUCUCUGGAAUUGAAAACCGAAAUGCCAGGAAUCACAGCAGCAAUACCAGUGGAGACGAACAGCAAUACAGUGCUAACUAUACCACCAAUACCUUGCCCAAAUCUGGUGUGGUAGAUCCUCCUGAAGACUCCUGGUGUAUGGCUGUGGCUGUCCUACUGCACUAUUUUUUGUUGGCAACGUUUAUGUGGACAGCACUCAAUUGUGCACAGUUGUACUUACUGCUGCUUAGAGCCAUGAAGCCCCUUCCUGGAAACUUCAUUGUAACCAUGUCAGUAAUUGGAUGGGGAAUCCCUGCUGUAGUAGUUGCAGUAACGCUUGGAGUUACUUAUAGAGAAGGAAGAGCUUUAAACUACCGACGGGAAGAAUUUUGCUGGCUUGCAGCCCUGGAUGAAGAUCAGAAUUUCAGCAUAGAAAAGCCCAUGUUGUGGUCGUUCCUUUUGCCAGUAGCACUGAUACUCCUGUUUAACAUUAUCAUCUUCAUCAAGAUCGUUGUCUCUGUGAUAUGGAAGGAGAACAAGGAUUUGACAAGGAAUAAGAAGGAUUCAUUCAUGGGAAAGAUCACCGGCACUAUCUCUGUCGUUGUAGUGCUUGGAAUCACCUGGACAACAGGCUACUUCAUGCUAAUAAAUCAGGAGGAAACUAGUCUUGUUUUCAACUAUGUGUUUUGCAUUUUGAAUGCUACACAGGGAAUUCAGAUUUGUAUUCUGUACACUUUCAGAUCACCAAUUUUCAAGAAAAAAGUUUCUAAAAUGAGUUCUGCUUGGAAGAUGCCAGAGAUAUCAUUCUACCUGCAUUCACAAAUUUACCAUGUCUCAAAAUUACAGCCUGUAAAACAUUUCCGGGAAACUUUCAGAUCAUUUGAGACAGAAAAUAUUUCCUUUUCCACCUUCUCUGAUUGCUAUUAGAAACCUGUAAAUACAUGAAAUAUAAACCCAUA